CUCCACUUCUUAGACCAGAUAUCUAGAGAGAGAGAGAGAGAGAGAGUGGAGAUGAAGGCAUUUUCCAUAGUCAUUGCGUUGUUCCUCAUCUCCAGUUUAUGUCCACAGUACGCAAAUUCACAAACAGAUUCAUGUAGCUCUAAUCUCGCGGCCGUCAACGGCGCCCAAUUCCCAUUCGACACUUCUUCUCUCAACUGCGACGCCGUUUGGACUGUUCAAGAUUACAUCCUCAGAUAUGCACAAGCAUCCUCAAACGUGUGGAGCUUCGUUCUCUCAGCUCCAAACAUAGACUGUUACGUAGCCAUGGGGUUUUCCCCCAGCGGCGAAAUGGUGGGUUCGAGCGCGAUCGUGGGUUGGGUCAACUCGGGCGUCGUCAGCGGCGUGAAACAGUACUACCUCGGCGGCCAAACGUCGGAUCAGGUGCUGCUGAACCAAGGGAACCUUAAUAUAGUCGAGAAUUCAACCUCUAUGGUGUCCGUCAGCUCGACCAUAUACAUGGGUUUCCAGCUGAACGCCUCCACGCCUUUGAACCAGCUGAUUUAUUCCGUCGGGCCCUCCGAAGUGCUCCCUUCUUCCCCGUUGUACCUGUUGACUAAGCACCAAAAUAUGAUCGCCACUACCAUUAAUUAUGUCACAGGUCAAACUCAAACGGUAAAAGCUCCAUAUUCAAAUCUGAAAAAGAACCAUGGGAUCUUGAACAUGCUGGGGUGGGGGAUCCUACUGCCGAUUGGCGCGAUCGUCGCUCGUCACUGCAAGGAAUGGGAUCCAAUCUGGUUUUACUCCCACGUCUCAAUCCAAUCACUUGGUUUUAUCUUGGGGGUAGCAGGUAUAUCUUGUGGUUUUGUCUUGGAACACAAGCUCAGUACUGUCAAUGUCAGCCACCACAAAGGCAUUGGCAUCUUCAUUCUCGUACUAGGGUGCCUUCAGAUGAUGGCAGUUUUGGCUAGGCCUGAUAAGGCCUCAAAGCAUAGGAAAUACUGGAACUGGUACCAUCACAAUGCGGGAAGGCUGUUGAUACUUUUUGCGGUGGGGAAUGUUUUCUAUGGAAUUCAUCUGGGCUUGGCUGGGAGGGGAUGGGAUGUUGGUUAUGGUAUUGUUCUUGUAGGGUUGUUUAUCAUUGCUGUUGUUUUGGAGAUUAGGAUGUGGAUGAGGAAAUAGAUAGAUAGUUGUUUUCUGUACACGUAGUUGUAUGUAUGUUGCUUCCAUGUAUUUGGUCGUUAUUUUUUUGGUGAGCGUUUUGUGCAUAUGUGAAUCUCUCUCUCUC